UCGAUUCACUACCGUCGUUCUCUUCGUCAUCUUGUUCCGAUGGGGGGAGAGGAACAAAAAGUGCGGAUCUUCGAAGAGGAAAAUCGAUGACGCAGAAACAGCUUGGCUGGCUCAGAAACAUUUGGCAGUGUUAUCUCGACGGCUCGACGCGGCGCCUGGAUCGACAUGCUGGCUGUUGGUACAUGAACCGGUAGAUGUAUACUAUCACAGCGACAGCAAUCAUAGCUAGCAACCCUUAUCGUGAACUGCGUACGAUUCAUUAUCUCGCAGUAGAUCUACUAUCCACCAAGUGAUUAUCAUUCUAGCUACCGUAGCAACCGUAGGGUAUCAUCAUGGCCAUAACAGCUGUUACCAACACGGCCAAUGGUGGAUCGUCCUUUUCACAUGCCGUCUCUCGGUCGUCCGAGCUUCUGUCUUGUGCCAAAACCGCCUUGAAGAUUGGAAAAGCACAACACGCCAACGACGAUGACUACGGCGGUUCCAUGUGGUGGGCCUGUCAAGAACCCAAUCUGUUGGCCUUGUGUUCUUGGAAAAACAUUAUACGCAACGACACUCCCUUGGAUACUCUCACGGAAGAUGGAUUGUCGUUGCUGCGAACCAUGGACGCCGAAUUGAAGCAAUUGGAAACUCUCGUCCGAAGAAGAGGUCACACCAACGAUCCCACUGAAGAAAUUGCCGCUUCGGUACGACGACUCGAAACCGAUGCCAACGAAUUGUCCUCCUUGGUCAAAACGGGAUUUGCCGCGCCAUACGCCACGGCACAGUAUCAACGACACACCGCGCUCAUUGCUACCUGGCUGGAAUCGGUAGCCACCCAACAAAUGGCCAAAUUAAAGGAAAUUCUAAAAGUCAGAGGAAAUGUACUGGCAUCCCAAGAAGAACGCAAAAAAAUGCUCAAUCCACAAGGACCCGCUGUCAAUAACAGCAAUUCUACCGCUACAGUCGUCACGACACACACCAAAACGGUAGCCCCCAAAGCCAUGGAUACCCCUCUUUUCACAAUGUCGCCCUUGCCAAAACCACUCGGCACCAAUACGAAUUAUUCCAAUGGAGCUGGCAGCAAAACUAAUAAUGGAACCACAAACAACACCAACAAUAAUGGCGCGUAUGGUGGCGGAUACGGUGGAUACGGUUCCAACAGUGGUGCCUAUGGCAGUGGAACAGGCAGUUAUUAUGGAACUCCUGGUGGACCAGCGACUUCGGGAAUGAGACAACGUCGAGGUAACAACAACAGCAAGUCAAACAACAACAACGGCCACUAUUAUGCAAACAACAACGAUGAGGAUCAAGAAGAAGCCGACAAGAUCCAAGCACAAAUUCAACAACGACAAAACAAACGGCAAACACAAAAUCGACUCGAAGAAGCACAACAGGCAGAAACCAAAUUGGCAUCGCUCAUGACCAUGUUUAGUAAAAUGGCUAAUCUCGUCGUACAACAAGGAGAAGUCGUCGAACGGGUGGAAGAUGAUGUCGAAGAAGGAUUGGUCGAAGUCAUUGCGGGACAACAAGAAAUCACCACCCUCUACGACAUUAAAAAGGGAAACAGAGGACUCAUCAUCAAGGUAUUUGCCCUCCUCAUCUUUUUCAUCAUUUUCAUGAGAUUUUACAAAAAGUAGAAUAUAUAUAUAACCAACUACCGCCGCUUUGCUAAGUAGAGGUAAGGUACAAAAAAACGGCCUUUAGUAAAGCAGAUCAUUUAUUUGCG